AAGUAUCAUUCUGACAUUUCAGGCACCUGUGACCUUGAGCUUUGAACUAGUAAACAAAUCAGUAGGGGUGAUUUACUUUAUACGACUAACCAAUAUGUGAAAUAUGAAGACUUUGUGGUAAAUAGUUUUUAAUUGAUAAUCAGUGGAAGCCACGUGGUCUUCAGACGGACAGACCGACCGUCAGACAUGAGCAAAACAUAUACCCUGUCAUCUUCUGUUCAACAUUCUUGUGUUUAUCAGAUACAGAAGAAUGAGUUGAUAUUUCUCAGUAAGUGUAAAAGUUAAUAACUGAAAACAUUUUAAUCAUCUUAGAAUUUUAAAAAUAAUAUUUGGAAAAAAUAAACAGAAUCUGCAGAAGUCUAAAAUGGUAAAAUUUGUAAACUAUUAGUUUUUUGUGAAUUAUGCAAGUAAAAUGUGUGAUAAAUUGUUAUCUUUUAUUUAGGGUCUUAAUUGAAGCAAAGAAAUACAAGCUGACAAGAUGGUGGACAGUAAAGACACACUUUGUGAGAAGUUAUCAUCUCAAUUGCAUCAUGAGUGUGAAGUGUGUUAUAAAGCGUUUUCUACAGAAACUUAUCUUAUCAGUCAUAUGGCAAUACACACUGACAUGAAAAAGCACAAGUGUGAAAUAUGUUAUAAAGCGCUUUCCACGCGAGGUAAUCUUAUCAGACAUAUGACAAUACACACUGGCGAGAAGAAACAUAGGUGUAAAGUGUGUUAUAAAGCGUUUUCUACACGAGGUAAUCUUACCAUACAUAUGACAACACACACUGGCCAGAAAAAACAUAAGUGUGUAGUAUGUGAUAAAGCAUAUUCUACAGGAAGUAAUCUUAUCAGACAUAUGACAGUACACACUGGUGAGAAAAAUCAUAAGUGUGUAGUAUGUGAUAAAGCCUUUUCUACACGAGGUAUUCUUAUCCCCCAUAUGGCAACACACACUGGUGAGAAAAAUCAUAAGUGUAAAUUCUGUGGUAAAGCAUUUUCUCAACGGAGUAAUCUUACCAGACAUAUGACAAUACACACUGGUGAGAAAAAUCAUAAGUGUGUAGUAUGUGAUAAAGCCUUUUCUACAGGAAGUAAUCUAAACAAUCAUAUGACAAUACACACUGGCGAGAAAAAUCAUAAGUGUGUAGUAUGUGAUAAAGCGUUUUCUAGACAAAGUAGUGUUAUGGGACAUAUGGCAAAACACACUGGCGAGAAGAAUUAUAAAUGUGAAGUGUGUGAUAAAGCAUUUUCCUCACGAAAUUCUCUUAUCAUACAUAUGACAAUACAUACUGGCGAGAAGGAUUAUAAAUGUGUAGUGUGUGAUAAAGCAUUUUCCUCACGAACUUCUCUUGUCAUACAUAUGACAUACAUACAGGCGAAAAGAAUUAUAAAUGCGAAGUAUGUGAUAAAGCAUUUUCUACACAAAAUACUCUUAUCACACAUAUGGCAAUACACACUGGCGAGAAAAGAUAUAAGUGUGACGUUUGUGAUAAAGCAUUUUCUCAAAGCAGUUCUCUUAUUAGCAUUUUCUCAACGGAGUCAUUUUACCAGACAUAUGACAAUGUCCCACACUGGUGAGAAAAAUCAUAUGUGUGAAUUCUGUGGUAAAGCAUUUUCUCAACGGAGUCGUUUUACCAGACAUAUGACAAUACACACUGGUGAGAAAAAUCAUAUGUGUGAAUUCUGUGGUAAAGCAUUUUCUCAACGGAGUCAUCUUACCAGACAUAUGACAAUACACACUGGCGAGAAAAAACAUAAGUGUGUAGUAUGUGAUAAAACAUUUUCUAGAAAAAGUAGUGUUAUCGGACAUAUGGCAAUACAUACUGGCGAGAAGAAACAUAAAUUUGAAGUAUGUGAUGAAGCAUUUACUACACAAGGUAUUCUUAUGACCCAUAUGACAACACACACUGGUGAGAAAAAUCAUAAGUGUAAAUUCUGUGGUAAAGCAUUUUCUCAUCGGAGAAAGUUGACCAGACAUAUGACAAUACACACUGGCGAGAAAAAACAUAAGUGUGAAUUCUGUGGCAAAGCAUUUUCUCAACGGAGUCAUCUUACCAGACAUAUGACAAUACACGCUAGCGAGAAAAAACAUAAGUGUGUAGUAUGUGAUAAAGCGUUUUUUACAGGAAGUAAUCUUAACAGUCAUAUGACAAUACACACUGGCGAGAAAAAUCAUAAGUGUGUAGUAUGUGAUAAAGCGUUUUUUACAGGAAGUAAUCUUAACAAUCAUAUGACAAUACACACUGGCAAGAAAAAACAUAAGUGUGAAGUAUGUGAUAAAGCCUUUUCUACAAGAAGUAUUCUUAGCAAUCAUAUGGCAAUUCACACUGGUGAGAAGCAUUAUAAAUGUGAAGUGUGUGAUAAAGCAUUUUCUACACAAGUUAGUGUUAUCACACAUAUGGUAACACACACUGGUGUGAAAAAUCAUAAGUGUGAAUUCUGUGGUAAAGCAUUCUCUCACAGGGGUCAUCUUACCAGACAUAUGACAAUGCACACUGGCGAGAAAAAACAUAAGUGUGUAGUAUGUGAUAAAGCAUUUUCUGAUAAAAGUAAUCUUAUCAGGCAUAUGGAAAUACACACUGGCGAGAAAAAAUUUAAGUGUGUAGUAUGUGAUAAAGCCUUUUCUAGAAAAAGUGGUGUUAUCGAACAUAUGGCAAAACACACUGGCAAGAAGAAUUAUAAAUGCAAAAUGUGUGAUAAAGCAUAUUCUUCACGAAGUUAUCUUAUCACACAUAUGGCAAUACAUACUGGCGAGAAGAAUUAUAAAUGUGAAGUAUGUGAUAAAGCAUUUUGUACACAAAAUACUCUUAUCACACAUAUGGCAAUACACACUGGCGAGAAAAGAUAUAAGUGUGACAUUUGUGCUAAAGCUUUUUUUCAAAGCAGUUCUCUUAUUAAGCAUAUGACAAUCCACACUGGCGAGAAAAGAUAUAAGUGUAAAAUGUGUCAUAAAGCGUUUCAUACAGGAAGUAAUCUUAUUAGGCAUAUGACAAUACACACUGGCGAGAAGAAUCAUAAGUGUGAAGUAUGUAAUAAAGCAUUUUCUGAUAAUAGUUGUCUUAUCAGGCAUAUGAAAAUACACACUGGCAAUAAAAAAACAUAAGUGCGCAGUGUGUGAUAAAGUAUUUUCUACAAAAAGAAGUCUUUUCAGUCAUAUGAAGAUACACACUGUCGAGAAGAAACAUAAAGUGUGAAGUAUGUGAUAAUGAGUUUUCUGCAUCAAGUAAUCUUAUCAGACAUAUGACAAUACACACUGGCGAGAAAAAACAUGAAUGCGGCAUGUGUGAUAAAGUUUUUUCUCAACAUACUCAUCUCAUCACAAAUAUUACAACACACACUGGUGAGAAUAAGUAAAUAAUACUGUGACACGCUGGUUAGUGAAAACUAUAGAUGUUCAGUGUGUCAUUAAGCUUUUCCAACAUGGUUCUUAAAACUAAUAUAUGGCAUUACACACUGGUGAUAAAACAUAUAUUUUAAGUUCACAGGUAACAAAUCCUAUUUUUAAAAGAAAUGUUGUUAAAUCACACAUGUUGAAUUAGCACCAUUGAGCUAAAUAUAGACUAGUCGUUGAACUUUUUAAGCAGAGCUUUCUCUAUUAUGAUUUUACUUUUGUUUGAUCGAAAGAACAAGAUGUAUGUUUGGUUUAAGAAAGUUAUUUUAUCAGUUUUUUAGUUUGAUUGAUUAAACAAUAUGCCUCUC